GUGUUCUAUCUCGGAGAGGGGGAGUGUCCUGUGUGUGUGAGUGCCCCCAGCAGUGAGAGCGGAGAGCUCAGAGAGGACACUUCUCCCGGAGAGGAGCUCAGGAAGACUCAUGGAUAUUAUUUCUUUGGAGGAAACAUGGAGACUGUGGUUUGGGAGUGUGGUUAGCACCUCGGAAUCUGCUAAGAAGAAAUUAUGAACCUGCAUCUAAGGAGGACACCGAAUGAUCCCAGUCUUCUGACCGCAAGGAAGGCGUCGGAAUGCCCUCUAUGAUCAAUGCGUACUGGAAGCCCCGUCACAAGAGCCGUCCAUCCAUGGGACUGUGGAGGACAGCUAAGAUUUGAAGGACACUAUGGCUCUGUACGGAUCCAUCAUGGCUGUCUUCUUCUUGAUGUCCUUUUCUCUCGUCCAAGGAGCCAUAGGACACAGCCUGUUUGCUUGUGAGCCCAUCACUCUAAGAAUGUGUCAGGACCUCCCGUACAAUACCACCUUCAUGCCCAAUCUCCUCAACCACUACGAUCAGCAGACGGCAGCUCUGGCCAUGGAGCCUUUCCAUCCCAUGGUGAAUUUGGAAUGUUCCAGAGACUUCCGGCCCUUCCUGUGCGCACUCUACGCGCCCGUCUGCAUGGAGUAUGGGCGGGUCACACUGCCGUGCCGCAGGCUGUGUCAGCGGGCGUACAACGAGUGCUUCAAGCUCAUGGAUAUGUUUGGCGUGCCGUGGCCAGAGGAGAUGGAAUGUAGCCGGUUCCCCGAUUGUGAUGAACCCUAUCCUCGAAUGGUGGACCUCAGCCUCUCCAGGGAGCCCACAGAUGACACCCCACUAGCAGUGCAAAGAGACUACGGCUUCUGGUGUCCCAGGGAGCUUAAAAUUGACCCCGAGUUGGGUUACUCCUUUUUGGGAGUGCGUGAUUGUUCCCCACCCUGCCCACACAUGUACUUCCGAAGGGAAGAACUCGCCUUCGCUCGAUAUUUUAUUGGAGUUAUUUCUAUAGUCUGCCUUUCAGCCACCUUGUUCACCUUUUUGACGUUCCUCAUUGAUGUGACCAGGUUCCGGUACCCAGAAAGACCCAUCAUAUUCUACGCCGUCUGCUACAUGAUGGUAUCGUUGAUUUUCUUCAUUGGGUUUCUACUGGAAGACCGAGUGGCGUGCAACCCUGCCAGCCCCACCCAGUACAAGGCCUCCACCGUAACCAAAGGAUCUCACAAUAAGGCUUGCACCAUGCUCUUCAUGGUUCUGUACUUCUUCACCAUGGCUGGCAGUGUUUGGUGGGUGAUCCUCACCAUCACCUGGUUCUUGGCAGCUGUUCCAAAAUGGGGGAGCGAAGCCAUUGAGAAGAAGGCACUCUUGUUUCAUGCCAGCGCGUGGGGCAUCCCGGGUACCCUCACGAUCAUCCUUCUUGCCAUGAACAAAAUCGAAGGGGACAACAUCAGUGGAGUUUGUUUUGUUGGCCUGUAUGAUGUUCAUGCCUUGAGAUACUUUGUCCUAGCACCCCUCUGCCUGAACGUUGUGGUUGGCGUGACUCUACUUUUAGCUGGGAUUAUUUCUUUGAACCGAGUGCGGAUAGAAAUCCCUCUGGAGAAGGAAAACCAGGACAAAUUGGUGAAAUUUAUGAUCCGCAUUGGCGUGUUUAGCAUUCUGUACCUUGUGCCCCUCUUGGUGGUGAUUGGCUGCUAUUUCUAUGAGCAGGCUUACCGGGGGGUGUGGGAGACCACGUGGAUUCAGGAGCGGUGCAGAGAAUAUCACAUCCCUUGCCCUUACCAGGUGACGCAGACAAGCCGUCCUGACCUCAUCCUCUUCCUGAUGAAAUACCUAAUGGCCCUUGUGGUGGGAAUACCAUCUGUCUUCUGGGUGGGCAGCAAGAAGACCUGUUUCGAGUGGGCCAGCUUUUUCCAUGGCAGGAAGAAGAAAGACAGAGGAGUCAAUGAAAGCCGUCAGGUCCUCCAGGAGCCGGAUUUUGCUCAGUCUCUUCUCCGGGACCCCAAUACUCCCAUCGUCCGCAAAUCACGAGGGACGUCCACUCAGGGAACAUCAACUCACGCCUCAUCCACUCAGCUCGCUAUGGUGGACGAGCAAAGAAGCAAAGCGGGCAGUGUCCACAGCAAGAUGAGCAGCUAUCAUGGCAGCCUUCAUCGCUCCAGGGAUGGAAGGUACACCCCAUGCAGCUACCGAGGAAUUGAAGAACGGGUCACACACGGCAGCAUGUCCCGUCUCACGGACCACUCUCUGCACAGCAGCACACAUAGACUUAAUGAGCAAUCUCGGCAAGGCAGCAUCAGAGACUUAAACAACCCUUUGUCCCACAUCUCCCAUGGUACCAGCAUGAACCGAGUCAUUGAAGAGGAUGGAGCAAGUGCCUGAAGGUCCCCUUGAUAAGAGACGCAAAUGUCUUCUUGAAAGCACUAUGUAGUUAAAAGGAAUGAACUCUGCCCCCCUUACUUACAAAGGGGACCUGUUCAUGGAUUUACAGUCCUCAGUUCUUUAACGUUCCAGAGCUGAAAACAUUGUGAAGCCAGAGCUGGUCCUGUCAUAGACGGUAUGACCCUAUAUUUCAGGAUCUCCUCUAAAAGUCAGUCCAUCUUGGUAAAUUUAUUUCCAGAAUCAGCCCUUGAAUAUCCCAAGGAGGGUAAUGAACCCAAUGCAGUAAAUCAUUGUCAAGUGUGUAACUCUUUCCUGAAGACCCGGUGUCAAAUUGUGGUUUGGACACAAGCAUUCAAGUACGUCAUGUGCUAGAAAUGAUGGUCGUCUAGUGCUUUCCACCCUCCAACAGCGAACUAUUGAAUAGGAGGUCUUUCAUCACAAAGAUCAAGUGCAAAAAAUAGUCCAGAAAGCUGAAUGAUGACUUAUCUUAUGACCUCGGGUGGCACCCCCACCCCCAACCCCCUUAGUUACAUAGUUGCCCCAUGGCAAUUUAGAGUCUUCUUCUUGGGUUUCUUAUCGAAGUGUGAAGGCCUGGUUUACUUAAAGUAUGCUCAUAAUUAUUUAUUCCCAAAUACUUCAUUCCAUAAAUAUUGGUCAAACCAAACCAUAGUCUACACACAUUAAGGUGAAAUCUAGUCUGAUGGACUUUGGGUUCAACAUUACUGAUGAUGUUCUAGUAACUUCUGGAGUAGACAACAACCCAAAUCGAGACCCGAAAA